CUAUAUAGCCCGCCAAGAGACCAGUGGCUUUUUCUCUUGAUUCCCUAACGACCAUCGACCGAUAAAAAAAAGCCAGUAAAAAUAUGGAUCUCCAAACUCUAACGAACCUUUUUACGACAACCUACAACCCCGAUCCUAAUGUUCGCAAGGCUGCCGAGCUGGAGAUUCGCAAGAUCGGGAACGAGGAGGGCGUUAUCACGGCCCUACUUCAGAUUAUAACGAACGAGGGUGUAGAUCUAGCAACCCGCCAGGCCUGCGCCGUCUGGCUCAAAAAUCGCGUCUACAAGGUCUACGGCAUCGAGACUGACAGGCGUCCAGAGAGCCCGUACAUCGUCGACGCAGAUCGCGAUGCCUUGAGGAACAACAUUCUGCUUCUGCUGGCCAACUCCCCGUCACGACCUCUCACGACCCAACUCGCCACCGUCCUCAAAACCAUCGUUGCCCACGAUUUCCCUGAAAAAUGGCCCGGAUUCCUCGACCAAGUCAAGCGUCUUUUGGAGAGCAGCAACGUACGCGAGGUCCAUGCUGGCUGCGUCGCCGCUUUGGAGGCUGUCAAGGCCUUCAAGUUCCGUCAAAAGAACGACUACUUGCCCAAGAUCAUCGACGCUCUCUUCCCCACCCUGGUCAACAUUGCUACCCAGAUGGUUCAGCAACCACCCAGCGCAUCCCAGGAAAUCCCCACCAUGCUCCAUCUCAUCCUCAAAACCUACAAAUCCAGUAUCACCGUCAAUCUCUCCGCUCACCAGCAGGCCGCUCCUUCGCUCGUGCCCUGGGGCCAGCUCCUCUUCACCGUCGUCAACCUUCAGAUCCCCGACUCUGCUCUCGGUCUCACCAAUCCUGGGUCACCCGGAGAUGAGGACGAGAAGGAGAGGAGCGAGUGGUGGAAGGCGAAGAAGUGGGCUUAUGCCAUUCUUGGUCGUCUCUUCCACAGGUUCGGUAACCCUAGCCAGCUUCCCUCGGCUCUCCAGAAGGAAUAUGGCGAUUUUGCUCAACACUUUGUCACCAUGUUCGCUCCGGAGAUUUUGAACAUCUACCUCAAGCAGGUGCAGCUCUACGUCCAGGGUCAGGCUUGGUUGUCGAAGAAGUGCCAGUACCACAUCUUUACCUUCUUCAAUGCUUGUAUCAAGCCCAAGUCCACCUGGGUGCAACUCAAGCCUCACUUCGAGACUCUGGUCUCCACCUUUGUCUUCCAGCAGCUCACUUUCAACGAGCCUCGCAGGGAGCUCUGGGAGUCCGACCCCAUCGACUACGUUCGCGUCUCUGUCGAUGAGUAUGAGAGCUACGCCACCCCCGUCUCUGCGGCCACCACUUUCCUGCUUGCCCUGGCCACCAACCGAACCAAGAUCACUUUCAUGCCCAUCCUCACCUUUAUCAACAACAUCCUCCGUUCCGACGCCGCCCCUCCUCAGCGAUUCGGUGCCCUCAACAUGACCGCCGCUCUCAGCCCCCACAUGAUGAGCCAUCCUCAAGUCAAGGGCGAGAUGGCGCAGUUCAUCUUGAACUUUGUGAGCCCCCAGUUGGAGGCUUCCGAGGGUUACUUGAAGGCCAUCGCCCUUGAGAUCAUCGGCACUGUUGUCAAGCACGGCAUGCAGUUCUCGAGCCCCGAUAUCUUGGAUAAGCACUUCAGGGCUGUUGCCAAGCUUUUGGAUGAUAAGGACUUCCCUGUCAAGGUUCAGGCUGCUCUCGCUUUGACCGAGAUGGUUUUGGUUUACGAUGAAGUCCGCAACGCUCUGGCUCCCGAGGUCGGCAAAGUUAUCCAAGACCUCCUCAAGAUGUCCGACGAAACCGACCUCAACAUCCUCAACCACAGCAUGGAAGUCAUGGUCGACCAAUACCACAACGAGCUCCUCCCCGUCGCUGCCCAGCUCACCGCCCACCUUUGCGAAUCGUACAUGCGCUGCGUGCGUGAGGUUGUCGCUCAAGAAGCCGACGUUAACCCCAACAACCUCGAGUUUGAGGAUGUGGUGGAUAUGAAUGACGAUAAGACGUUUGCGGCGAUGGGCAUUGCCAAGACUAUCUCGACUGUCGUCGACUCUAUUGAUUCGAGCAAUGAGAUUUUGGCGCAGGUGCAGGAGAUUAUUAUUCCUAUUCUUGUGUUUACGCUCGAGAACAAGUUGAUUGAUUUGUUCGAUAACGUGUAUGAGCUCAUUGACAGCUUGACGUACCACCUCAAGGCUAUCUCGCCCAACAUGUGGCGCGUCUUUGAGCUCACUUACAGUGUUUUCAAGAACGAGGCGCUCGACUUCCUCGAGGAGAUGCUCCCCUCGCUCGACAACUUUGUCUCCUACGGCUCCGACGUGAUCAAGAACAACGAGGAGUACAAGCGCAUGUUGGUUGAUAUCUAUACUUCGUCCAUUUCGGGUGAACACCUCGGCGAGAACGAUCGUGUCAAUGGAUCACAGUUGGCUGAAUCCAUCUUGCUCAACUUGCGUGGACAUGUUGAUAACUACCUCGAACUAAUCAUCAACACCGCCUUCUCCCUGCUCGACAAAACCGAGACCGCCUCCCUCCGCCUCGCAAACCUCGAAGUCCUCAUCAAUGCCGUACUCUACAACCCCACCGCCGCCCUGCACCUAAUGGAACGCGCCGCGCCGGGCAACGCUCGUCUAUUCAUCGACCGGUGGUUCGCGGCGAUUACUGCUUCGGAGAGCAGGCUUCCUAGGGUACACGAUAAAAAGCUGAGCAUUUUGACGCUGGCGGCGUUGAUGGAGCUGCCUGCGGAGAGUGUGCCGGAGCAGUUGAGGGAUGGGUGGCCUGGUAUUGUUGGGGGUGCUUUGAGGUUGUUUAAGGAUUUGCCCAAGGCUAUUGAGCGUCGAAAGGCGCUUGAAGCCGAGUUCCACGCUGAAGAUUCUGACGACGAGUCGUUCGGAGAGAGGUUGUUGAACUUGAACGAUGAAGAAGGCGACGUAUGGGAUGACGAAUCCGCCUACCUCGAGAUGCUCGCCAACGAGGGUGCACGCCUGCGUGAGAAGCAGAACCGACCUCCCGAUGCUCCUUCUGACGACGAGUCUGAUGACGAGGAAGAGGAGAUUGAGGAGGAGCUUGGAUACUUGAGUCCGAUUGACGGUGUAGAUCCGUAUGUUACGUUUAAGAGGGCUUUGACCACUCUUCAACAUCAGAACCCAGCUGUAUACCAAGCUGCUACGACUGCGCUUGAUAUUGACCAGCAGACUUUGUUGAUGGAGGUGAUGAGGCUGGCGGACAACCCUCAGCCUGCUGUUGCUCCUGUUGCUGCUGCGUAA